AAAAAUGAGUGAAAGCUAAGAAUCUUCAGAAUUUCAAUCAGGUUCUUCAAGGCUUGAAAAUAAGUACAAUUUUCAUUAAUAAAAGGAGAAGUAACUAAUUAGGAUUGACUAAUGUUGAAAGUGGAGAUGAAUUAAUAAACAAGAAAACAAAAUUAAAUGAUGAAAAUGGUCAAAUCAAAAUAUCAAGAAAGGUAAGUGAUGAUUUAAUUAAAAUGUUUGAGAGAUUGCCAAAUGACUAAAUUACUAAAUUAUUAGAUGCUAUUAAAGUAAAGAAUUCACGUAUAUAUUAAUUGAUUAUCUUACAAGCUGAUUUACCUGUUAGAGUUAAUCUUGUUGAUCUUAUGCAGAAGGAUGAAGAUUUUUAUUUAGAUAGUUAAUCAGAUUCAUAAAAAGAAAAAAAAAGGAAAAAAAGAGAAUCUAAAGAAAAAGAGUGCAGAUGCUGUAAGCAAAUAGUGAAACGACAUCAUUGUACUCAUACAGAAUGUGAAAAACCUUGCUAAAUCUAAGAAAAAAUUAAGAAAAACAAAACUUGA